CUAUAAUGAAAUACUUAGGAAUUUAAGGGGAAUAAAUGAAAACAAUUGUAAAACAUUGAACAGGAAAAGCUUUCUCCUCUCGCCGUCUUUCCGUCUUCGACUCUCUCUCCCCUCUGCGCAGCCAGCCAUGGUGUCCGGCUCGGACCCAGCGGAAGAAGAAGCAAUACGCCACAAAAACCUAGCGGAAUCGAAUUUCAGAAAGUCAAACCUGGAAUCGGCCCUGAAUCACGCGCGAACAGCUCUCCGCCUGUCCCCGAGCACCGAGGGUCUCUCCUCGAUGGUCACCGCCUUCGAGAUCAUCAGCUCCGCCGCCGAUUCAGUCGCCGGAGAUUCCCCAGAGUGGUACAGGAUUCUCCAAGUUGAGCCUUUCUCUCACACGAAUACGAUAAAGCAACGGUAUAGGAAGCUGGCUUUGGUGUUGCAUCCUGAUAAGAAUCCCUACGUGGGUUGCGAGGAGGCGUUUAAGCUUGUGAAUGAGGGAUUUAGGGUUUUCUCUGAUAGGAUUAGGAGGAAAGAGUAUGAUAUGAAGCUUAGGAUUAGGAUUCAGGAGGAGAGUGCUAGUGCUGUAGACACUGGUGGUGGUGAAACGUCGACGUUUCGGACGGCUUGUUCGGGUUGCCUGUCACUGCAUAAGUUCGAUAAGAAGUAUUUAGGGCAUAAUUUGAUGUGCCCUAAGUGCAAGAAAAGCUUCGAGGCAAAGGAAAUUGAGAAGGAAGAAGAGGGCAAAGAUGGAUGUGACAAUGGAGCUUGUUCGAGAAACAAGAUCAUAACAUAUAGGAGGAGGAAAACGAUCGGUAUCAAGGAGAUGAGCGAGCAGAAGGCAGAAGCUCCAAUUCAAUUAGAGGGUUUGGAUGAAGAAUCCGGGGAAGGAGAUGAUGAAGGGAUGACUUUAGCUCAAAUGCACUCGAUAAUAAAGAGAAAUAGGGCUAAUAAGUUGAAAUCGAAGAUAGACGAGAAAUAUAACCGUGAAGAAAACAUGGAAAGGGAUACACAAGAGAAAUCUUUAGAGAUUUUGAUGGAGAUGAGUGCUAACAAAGAGAAUGGAAAAGGAGAAACAUCGAAGAACGGAAAGAACAUGACGGAUUUGACCGAGGUUGUGGAUUUAGAGGCCGAGACAAGCGUUAACAGGAAAAGGAGACGGAAUACAUUCAGCCAAGAAAGCGAAAUGGAUGAAUCUGAUUUAUAUGAUUUUGCAAAGGACAGGACAGUAAGGAGCUUCAAGAAAGGGCAAGUUUGGGCGAUGUACACACGCGGUGGUGAAGAUAGAAUGCCUAGGAGUUACUGUUUGAUCGGUGAAGUUUUCUCCUUGAACCCUUUCAAGGUACAGAUCAGUUGGUUGAAAUUGGAGAACGAAAAACUGAUUUCUUGGGCGAAAACCGGUUAUGAUAAUCCUUGUGGGAUGUUUAGGGUUUCCGAGAAAACCCUGGUGAAACAGCUCAAACCAUUCUCUCAUGUUGUGGACUGUGAAAGAGCUGCACGAGAAGUAUAUGUAAUCUAUCCGAGGAAAGGCUCGGUCUGGGCAGUACACACGAAAAACGAUCCAGUUUCCCGAGGAAGAAACGACAGAGGCUAUGACAUUGCAUUGUGCUUGACAAUGUACAGCGAUACGUAUGGCCUAAGCCUGGCGUAUCUAGAGAAGGUCGAAGGGUAUAUGAGUCUUUUCAAGAGACGGGAAUUCGGGUCAGAGGCAAUCAGGUGGCUCGGGAAAGACGAUGUCUCUGUGAUGCUCUCGCAUCAGAUCCCGGCCAGGAAGCUUCCGGAAGAUCAGUCCCCGGAUGGUGUGAAAGAGUGUUGGGUGAUUGAUCCUGCUUCUCUUCCUCCUGAUUUGAUCACUGAUACAACAUGAGAAAAAGAGAGGAGUACAUUUCAUGUAAUGUUGUAAGUUUAUAGCAUUGGUUUUUAGACUAGGAACAGAACGUAACUGGAAAAUGUUUGGUUUCAUGGGCAUGUUUCUGCUUUCUAGUUCUAAAUUGAUCAAAGAUUCUGCCA